AUUUCAGUAAGGAAUAUGGCUAAUCUGUCUUCUGUGUCAGAGUUUCUGCUCCUGGACUUCUCAGAGACUCGGGAACUACAAAUUCUAUACUUCCUUGUGUUCUUGGUAUUGUACCUGGCAACUCUAACUGGGAAUCUUCUCAUCAUCUCUGCAGUAGCCUUUGACCAUCACCUGCACACCCCCAUGUACUUCUUUCUCAUGAAUCUCGCUAUUAUUGACCUUAGUUCAGUUUCAGUCAUUAUUCCCAAGUCCUUGGCCAAUUCCCUCAUGAAUACUAGGCAUAUUUCUUAUUCAGGAUGUUUUGCACAAGUCCUCUUGUUUGUCUUCUUUGUAACAUCUGAUUUCUUCCUCCUCACAGUCAUGGCAUAUGAUCGGUAUGUUGCCAUUUGUAAUCCUUUGCAAUAUCAGAUUGUGAUGAACUGGAGAGCUUGCAUUGAAAUGGUUGCGGUAGUAUGGAUCAGUAGCCUACUAUAUGGAGGGUUGCACACAAGUAGCACCUUUGCAACUCCCUUUUGCUCCAAUAUUGUUAAUCAGUUCUUCUGUGAUAUUCCACAUUUACUUAAGCUCAUCUGCUCUGAGUUAAAUCUAGUUGAAGCUGGGGUGAUAGUAUUAGGUGCUGCCUUGGGUUUUGGUGGCUUUGUUUUUGUUAUUGUCACCUACGUGCACAUCUUCAUUGCAGUGUUAAGAAUUCCAUCUGUGCAGGGAAGAAAAAAGUUCUUCUCAACUUGCCUUCCCCAUCUCAUUGUCUUUUCUACUUUAUUGGUCACUGGAUGCUUUGCCUACCUCAGACCUGCUUCUGAUGCCCGAUCAGAUGUGGACUUGGUGCUUACCAUGAUCUUUUCUAUGGCUCCACCCUUGCUGAAUCCAGUGAUCUAUAGCAUGAGGAACAAACAGAUCAAACAGUCCUUGUCAAAAUUGUUGGGGUCCAGAGUCACUUCUAAAAAUACAUUCUUUAGUUUUCUUCUGUGA